AUGAACGUCGGCAAAUAUCACCCAGGCUACUUUGGGAAAGCUGGUGGGAGGCAUCACCACUUAAAGAGGAAACAGAGCUUCGGCCCAACUGUCAAUCCUGAUAAACUGUGCACCCUGGUCAGUGAGCAGACACCGGGAAAUGCUGCCAAAAGCAAGACUGGAGCUGCUCCUUUCAUGGAUGCGGUGCAAUUGUGCUACUACAAAGUUCUGGGGAAGGGAAAGCUCCCAAGGCAGCCUGUCAUUGUGAAAGCCAAGUUCUUCGGAAGAAGAGCAGAGGAGAAGAUUAAGGGUGUAGGUGGGGCCUGUGUGCUGGGAGCUUGA